UUUAACUCUGAGUCAAGAUAUUUUGAGUUGAAACCCCACUCUACAGACUUGUUUGUUGAAUUUCGACUGACAGUGAAAUCCAAUAGAGUGCAGCAUUGUAGAGGUGCCUUCCUUCAGGCGAGACUUCGAACAUCUCAUGUUGACCCAAAAAGUGCUAUUUAAAGAAGAACAGUGAAGUUCUCGCAGGGUCUGGUCAAUAUUUCUUUCACAGCUCAAACUGAAAAUAAAACAUUUAUCUCAUUGCUACUUACGGGCACUUGGGGCUGUGCAAAUUUUAUUCUGCAGUAUUUCACUGGCUAUCGAAUCGAGAAUAAAAAGGUCGUGGUGGGGGGUGGUUCGCAAGAAUGUAAUUUAUUCUGUCUGCCUAAUUUGAUGGGAAGGCACCGUGCGAUAAUGAUUGGAAAGUGACUCGUUCAGUUUACGGAAAGAAAUGGAAAAACUUUUUUUAAUCAUAAAUCUGGGAAGCUCUAACAUCUAACUAGCCUUUACACCACUCGACCUGUUCUACUCCCUCCUGUGCUCUGUGUGGUGCUGUGCGUUACUUUUCAUAAAAAAAAGAAAAAAAAUCAACUUUCGUUUGGAUGUGUCUUUCGCCCUCCCUUCUUUGCUUGCACCAGACUCUGCGCAGUGCAUUACGUGACUGUGUUUCUGACCCUGUAUUAGAACCUGUACUAAAUAGGCGAGAGAAAGAGAUGCAAGCUCCGUGACACCGGUGCAAUGCAGCUUUGAAGCCUCGCAUCUCUGAAAUUUGUAACUAAUGUGCUGAUUGAAGCUGUGCAGUGACCAGCCAUGGAAAAUGACCAAAGUACAACAACAUCAACCACUACGACAACAAUCAGCACGUCGCCCAGGACACAGGCACCACAAAUAUCUGUCUACAGCAGCUCUGACAGACAAGCUGUUCAAGUAAUCCAGCAAGCUCUGCACCGCCAGCCUAGUACUGCAGCCCAGUAUCUGCAGCAGAUGUAUGCGGCACAGCAGCAGCAUUUAAUGCUGCAGACUGCAGCCCUCCAGCAACAACACCUGAGCAGCACACAACUGCAGAGCCUAGCAGCUGUCCAACAGGCAGGAGGGCGUCAGUCUUCUUCACCUACAGGGAGCAUCAGCCAACAAUCAAGUGUGUCACAGACCUCAAUUAACCUCUCAGCAUCUCCUUCGGCUACUCAGCUGAUCAGUCGUGCUCAGACCACCAGCACUUCAGGCAGCGGAAUCACCCAGCAAGCCAUGCUUCUCGGCAACACCACCCCCACUCUCACAGCAAGCCAGGCGCAGAUGUACCUCAGGGCCCAAAUGCUGAUUUUCACUCCCACUGCUACUGUAGCUACUGUGCAGCCAGAUAUUCCUGUUGCCUCCUCUUCCUCUUCCUCAGUGUCUACAUCCACACAGGUUCAGAAUCUGGCCGUUCGGAGCCAGCAGUCAGGUGCCUUACCUGCGCCAUCCCCUCAGAGCGUUCCAUUAAAAGGUACCUGUCAAACACAGCAGCUCCCGAUGAGCCACACAAAGCAGGCAGGGCAAGGAGCUGGCCCUAAAACCAACCAACAUGACUCAGCCCCUGAAAGCAUCAAGAAAGGAGAGAGCCUGACGUCAGUCAGCCCUGAGACCCGGGUGUCCACGGUGACCCGGUUACAGAUGCCAGCAAACACACAGCAAUUAAUAGCCCCUGCACCCUACACACCAAUUCAAGCACACCAGCUGAUUAAACAACAGCAGAUUCCACUUCACCAAGGAACGCCGAAAGCACACCAUCAACUUAUUAUCCAGCAGCAGAUCCAACACAGACAGCAACUGCAGCCUCUAGCUCUUCAGGCCCAGGGUUCUGACCCUCCGCAGUCUCAGCAUUGCCUGCCAGUGCAACCCCACAGUCAAUCGCUAAUCCAGGCCUCUUCUCAAUCGCCGCACUGUAUAUCAACCCAGGCCCAUAGCCAACCACUGAGCCAACCUUCAGCUCACUCUCAUCCUCAAAGCCAGCAGCAGACAGUUGUGGUCUCUCCAGUACCUUCUCAGUCGCCGCCUAGCCCAUCAGCAUCAACGAUCAUCAUCCAGCCACAGGCACUAAUACAGACGCAGUCUCACAGCCUGGUUCACACGCAUCAACCAUUGGGCUCCAGCCAGCAGCAAACCUCAACUCAUGUGCAGCCAAGCCAACAGCCACAGCCAACACACUUACUGCCUGCCCAUCGCUCACCGGUGGCUCAGAUUGGGCCAUUGCGACAAUCAAGUCCAGUGACUAUGCACUUACCUGCACCAUCCCAGCAGCAACAUUCAACACUGGUAUCACCUUCGCAAGAGGUCCCAUCAACAGCCUCAGGCCACCUCCAGCGACUGCCCUUGCAAUCAGUGCAGAACCUAACGGUACCAUCAGACAUUGUUUCCUCUACUCAAGUACUACCACAGACUGUUCUACAUUCAAGAGAACAACUCCCUGCUGCCCAGGCUCUGAUUCAAAUGCCCUUCCAGGCUCUUCCUCCACCCCAGACCAUUGCUGUUAACCUGCAAGUCCAGCCUUCAGCUCCAGUGGAUGCGCCACUGGUCUACCCUGUGGAAGACCAGGAGAUGAGGGAGGACCAGGAAGAAUGCUAUGCUGCACACAGACCAAUUUCACCACCUCCCUCUGAGUCUGAAUCCUCUAUCUCCACAGCACAAGGAGAGGCUCUGUCAGCUGUGGACAUUUGCCAAGAACGAGCAGUGCCCCCCCAUGUUACCUCAGCAAGUGCUUCUGUUAUCAGGUCCUCUGCAGACACCUUGAGAUUCUCCAGUUCCUCUUCUCUUAUUGUUCCACCUGCAAAACUGAAAACCAAUGGCGCAGUCUCUUCCACCAACCUUCCUGGGAUGGACAACAAGCCACCACAGGCUAUUGUGAAACCCCAGAUCCUCACUCACGUCAUCGAAGGGUUUGUUAUUCAGGAGGGACUGGAGCCAUUCCCUGUGAGCCGCUCCUCACUGUUGACUGAGCAGCCAGUCAAACAGAAGGUGCACUGCGAAGGGCCAGCCACAUCCCCCACCUCUGUCCAGUCAGUAGGUGAGCUCCAGAGCAACUCAGGCAAACAGCUGGAAGGGUCUCUGGACAGCGAUUUGGAUGACCUUACUGGUGAAGAAGGGAUGGAGGGCAGUGAUCCAGACAUGCUGAAGUGUGAGUUCUGUGGGAAAAUGGAUUAUGCUCACAAAUUCAGAAGAUCAAAGCGUUUCUGUUCUAUGUCAUGCGCUAAAAGGUACAAUGUUGGCUGCAGUAAACGAAUGGGGCUUUUUAAAUCAGACAAGAGCACACGUUGGACAAAGAAAACAGAAUCCCAUGGGUUUAAUCGACGAGGAAGGAGACCCAAUACUGUUGAAGGAGCAUCAGCCGAUCACUUUAUGAGACAGAUGCCUGUUAGCUUCACUCCUGUAGAAGAGGCUACAACGACCUCCAACCCAUCACUUCCUGAAGAAACGGUUGCUGUUGCCAUGACGACGCGCCGCCGGCAGAAUGAGCGGGAACGUGAACGGGAAAUGCGAGAACAGAGGAUGAGAGAGGUGUCAGACUGCAGUGAAACACUACAUGUUGACCCAACGAUGUGGACAGUUGAUCAUGUAUGGGAGUUCAUACACUCUCUACCAGGUUGCAAGGAUAUUGCCGAUGAAUUUCGAUCCCAGGAGAUUGAUGGCCAGGCUCUGCUCUUGCUGAAGGAGGACCACCUAAUGAGUGCCAUGAACAUCAAACUCGGCCCAGCACUCAAAAUCUGUGCUCGGAUUAACAUGCUUAAGGAAUCGUAAACUU